AUGGCCGACUAUCCCACCGAAGACGCCAGCCUGCCACCGGCGGCAGAGAGCUGGCCCAAAAGACGCAGCCUGUCGAGGUCGCCGGAGCGGCAGCCGAGCACGACAGGCACGGAGAUGGCAGGCACGGAGAUGACAGACACGGAAAUGACAGAUGCCACGGAGAGCAUGGCAGACCCGACGGCGUCUGACAGGACGUCAUCCCGAGCAACGUCGGUGCAGCAGAUCCGCAGCGCCUGCAUCCACGGGGAUCUGGCCGAACUGCAGUCACUGGCCGCGUCGGAAGGCGGUCUCCUCACAGACGAGCUCCGCCAGGUUGCAUGGCCCGUGCUGCUCGGACUGCCUGUAGAUGGCGACGGCCGGGUGGACGAGAAGGCAGCGGCAGCCAAGGCGGGCAUGGCGGUCGACGAGGGAGAUGCAUCCUGGCAGAAUCUUCCGGCUCAUCGGGACGAGGAGCAGGUGCAGCUGGACGUCAACCGGGCGUUUGUGUACUAUCCGAUCCACGCGUCCCCGGUCGAGGAAGCACGCCAGCGCCGGGCGCUGUCAGACCUGAUCGUGGAGGUGCUCCGGCGCCAGCCGUUCCUGUGCUACUUCCAGGGCUUCCACGACAUCUGCCAGGUGCUGCUGCUGGUGCUGCCGCCGGGUCUGCGCACGCCGGCAGUGCUGCGGCUGGCGGUGCUGCGCAUCCGCGACUUCAUGCUGCCGACCAUCGACGCGGCCGUGACGCAGCUGCAGCUGCUGCCCGACAUCUUGCAGCUGGCCGACCGGCCGCUCUGGACACAUCUGCACCUGGCCCAGCAUCCACGUCCGUUCUUCGCCCUCGGCGGCACCCUCACCAUGUACGCCCACGACAUGCGGUCACUCGGGGCCAUCGCCCGCGUUUUUGACGUCCUGCUGGCCCGCCCGCCCGACUUCUCGCUCUACCUCUUCGCCGCCAUCGUCUGCGCCCAUCGCUCCGCCCUCUUCGCCACUCCCGCCGACGAGCCCGAAAUGCUGCACCACAUCCUGUCCCGGCUGCCCGGCGAUGCCGGAGACCCUGUCGAUGGCGAGACUCCGCCUGGCCACCAUCUCGACCUUCUCGUCGCUGAUGCCGCCCGUCUCGCCGACCGUUUCCCCCCCCAUGUUCUGCCCGCCUGGCGCGCCGUCUCGGCUGCCUCCGUCCUCAAGACUGCUCAGCGCCCCGGUGGCAUCGUCGCUCAGUCCGUCGCCGAUGGCGAACGCCUCUUCCGCACCCACGUCCGCGAGCUCGAUCGCGCCGACCGCCAUCGCCUCCGUCGCGCCCAUCUCCACAAGAUGCUCAUACAAUACCGCACUCCCCUCCGGGCCGUCGGCGUCGCCGUCCUCGUCGGCGUCCUCGCCAUCUGGCUGCGUCGCGCUGGUCCAACCGGCACGUCGUCCGCCACCUCGCUGGGCAACCUGCUCGCUAGGCCCUUCACUGCUGCUGCCUCGGGGCUGUCGCGUCUCGGCAUACGCUUUACCUGA